AUGCAAGAAACCUUCCUACACUUGUUCCAAUGCGGUGGGCUAGAGUCCACAGAUCCCUACGAGUCUGUGACUCAGCAGAAAAAAGUCUUCUGGGAGCCUCGUGCUUCCUCACGAGGACAGAGGAUUGGGUUGUCCAGUCGUCCUUCUUCUCCUACAAGUAUCUAUUACAUUCCUUCUCGUGAAAAAAUGAUUGAGAUUCGCCAAGACUCCAUGAAUCGUUCCGGUCGAUCUGGAUUAUUUUCUAGAACAACUUCCAGUACUCCGAUGAGAUUCUCAUUUGAAGAUUAUGAGUAUGACAUGGAGGAGGGGGCGAAUGAAAAUGAAAAUAACUCCAUCCGAACUUUCAGCAUCCGCACCAACGGUGCUAACCAGUUCUCUCAUCCAGUGAAGAGAGUAAACUCGUUAUCGACAGUAACGACUGCCGAUAGCGCUUCCGUGAUGGAAGACCUACAACAAGACGAAGCCCACCACAUUGACAUUGUUGCUGGUCGUGAGUAA